CUUGUCAGUCAGCCUUCCUGCUCCCACGAGAGCGGGUCGAUCGGCCUGUUUUUCGCGUUUUCCGCGGCGAUCUUGUCUACAAAGCUGUCACACACGAGCGAUGAAGUGCCGCGCAGCGAGCCGAGCCCUCACGGCAACGUGCGUCGUCGCCUUUAUCGGACAGGCGGUGGUAGUGCACACGUUCCCUGCCGAUCCCUUGUCCUCCACCCUUCUGGACGGUAUCGGUAACGUGGCGAACACCGCAACAAAUUUCUUAACGGGAGUCGUGAAACGACAAAAAGAACUGUUGCAUCGCGUUACGGAUACUGCCACGGACUACAUAACCAGCGCGGUGGAGCGACCGAGAAACUUAUUGAUCAAUGCCACCAGGGUGACGACCGGAGUCAUUGACAGCGCGGCCUCGAGGGGUCUUGAGAUCAAGCUGAGGAGAUUCCUGGAGAAAUUCCGCACUCGAAUGCGUAAUGGUAUCCCGGAACUAGGUAUACCCCCGUUGGAGCCGUUCACCCUCGACGAGAUCGUCAUCGACACGGAUAAUCCGGAAAUAGGAAAGGUGCACUUGGUGAUCGAGAAUCUCGAAGUGAGGAAGCUGUCUACUUUCUCGAUUGACCGAGCCAAGAUGUCGUUGAUCGGGCCUACCAUCGCUAUCAACAUUUCCAUUCCCGAGAUCUACGCGACGGGCCAUUACAACAUAUCCGGCAUACUGGGCGACACGUAUCCCAUACACGGCGCGGGAUCUUUCGAAACAAACAUCUAUGACUUCCGCGUUUACGUGAACACCGUGUUGGGCUAUGCAAGAGGAAUGUACAUGAAGAGGUUCGACCUGGACUUCUCGCUGCGAGCCAUCAAGAUAAACUUGGAGAACUUUAUGGGAGGCGAGGAGAUCGGGGAAAUUAUGAGCAAGGUCUUCGAGGAGUUAACGCCAGAGGUGAUGGACCUCAUUAAACCCGACGUACUGCCGGUGAUUCAGGAUUACGUCGCGGGUCACGUGAACGAGACGCUUCAUCAUCUUACCAUGAGGGAUCUGUUUCACGUUAUUCUGGGGGAAUACGAAUUCGGAGACAUCACGCAUCUACUGAUACCCUGAGGAGACGAGAGGCGCGUCCGGCGCGAUCGCAAGCGCGCUAACGAGCUUAACGUGUCCGACAAUGCGCCUGAAGAAAGGUACGAGGGACCUCACAACGUAAAUGAAGCCCGAAUACGUCGGAGCCAUGUGAUACAACAGUGCUGCGAUCGAAUGGACGGUAUUCGUAAAACGCGACGUGUCGGCGAGUCUAAAGCCACUCUACGUGUUACGUAACACGCUUUAAUGAUAACGACACGAGGGUCUUUGACUACCUUGCCCCCGAUGACCCAUUGUCUUGCCGAGUAACGAUCAUUUUAUUUGUGGCGGUUCGAGAGUUAUCGACAUCUCUUUGUCUAUCUUGCGUUACAUACAAGUUACGUCAUUUGCAUCAGCCAGUUACUUCCGAAAGUUCUUUUACCGAAACAAAAUCAUUCAUUCGUCCAAAAACGUUGGAGACACGCAUUAGAAAUGCAUCGCUCGUCAAAGGCACCCACGAAAGAAUUAAUUCACUUUGCGAUUCGUGUGGCUUGAGCGACACGGUAACUCGCCUCGUUAGCGUCUGCUUAGAAACCUGACGUGAUUUAGCGCGCUGGCAUGAGGUUUCCUUCGUCUCGCGAGUGCAUCAAGUGAAAGAGAUACCCAUGUUUAAUUCAUCGAAUCGCCUCGCGGCGCAUCUCUAAUUCGCUGAUAAAGGCGAGCGAAAGUAUUACGACCUUGAAUGGCAACGGUGUCGAAUCACGGCCUUGCGAAAUCGACACCGGGCCAUUCAUCGCUCGGCCUAGACGGCGUCGGCGAUCGAUGAUGAAAACGUGGCGACAAUGGAAUGAUAGUUUUACCAGGGAGAACUGCCACCCGAAAUGGCGAGCCAUUUUUUUCGAAACUGUUAUACAGGGUAAGGCACUCGGGCUUUUAGCGUGCGCCACGCAUCGCGCAUCAAUUCUCAUCGGUUGCCAUAUUCUGCAAAAUAUGAAUUCCGUGAAUACCUCAAAAGUCAGACAAACGAUUGUUGAGAAAAUUGUUUGAACUUUUGUGUCGAUCGCCAUUUAAUCCUUUUUGUAAUUCACAACAAUUGACAACUUUGUCCGCUAUUAAUGUUAUUUUGUACACGUAAGAUGCAAUGCGAAAAAACAAUUUAACAGAUUUAAGAUUUAAUUAUCAAAGACGCUAAUGAAUGUUAAUUCAUUCUAAUUUAUAAAGCGUGUAGUUCGCGGGUAUUGUUAUUUAAAAAUAUAUUAUUAAAAAAGCAUUAUUUCUUUUUGAAAUAUUUCAUAUACUGACUUAAUUGAUUGUAGAAGAUUUUGACAUCACGACGUAUAACACUUUCUAUUUAAAUACUGUUUUAAUUUUACCAAAGAUAGUAUCGCGUAAUAUAAAAUAUUGUUGCAAGAAAAAUCUCUCACUUUCAAUUAAUCGAGUUGUCAAAACUAAUUAAUCGUCACAGCUUAAUCGUUUGCCAUUGAUUAAGAUUUUGCUAGCCACUUUCAUUUUGGUUCUCGGGUAGUCUUCUACAAAGUACAGUAAGACGAUGUACAAAACAGAAUCUGACACGCGAAUAGUUUGUCAGAGCAUCAUAUAUCGUUAGAACUUAAUUGACGUAUUCCACGUAGUUACGCUAAACGCAAUAUGCGCCAUGUACGUCUAUUAGAAUUACUAUUAGUUGAAAUGCAGCUUGUGUGAUAGCGGUAUUAACGUUUUGUUAACUGUUAUAAGAGAAUUGGAUGACAACGCGUACGCCGAUAUUGAACGUAAAUGACAUCGUAUUUUCAUUGCACUUUAUAAUGACGUAAAACAGAUUCAGUAUAAAUGUUUCUAACAUUAAGGGUUUAUAUAAAGUUUGUACAUGUAACUCCCAAAUUGGUUCCGUCAGACUUGGACGUAACAAUGAUUGUAUGAUUAGCUACUUUCACAUAGACAGGAAUUAAUUAAAAAUAUAAUUACGAUUUUCCCAAUACUCGUUUCCCUUCUUAUCAUUAAAUUGCUGAGCAGAUUCGAACGAAUAAUUAAUUUUCUAAAAUAAUUUAAAAUUGAAUGAGCAACAAAUGGUACAGUGCCGACGAAACUUUCUCAAAAGUUUGCAAAUUUUCUUUGUGCUAUUUCUCUUUAAUAGGAUUUCAAGUUCACUUCUCAAAGUUUCCAAAUCUCAGAUUGGAAAGGAGCGAGAAAGUAAGUCACUUGGUCACGACACAAGUGACAGAUUUCAAUUGGGCGCAAAAUGCCCGACACGUAUUUUCGCGUGUUCCAACUUCGUGCACACGCCACCGCUUCUUGCAGUCCAAUUUAUUUUACGCGACAUGUUAAACAAUAGACGAUAUCCAACGCAAUUUUCAAUGUACAUACGCGUUUCGUCAGCGGCUUUGUACUUUACUAUCGGGGAUGGGCGUGACUAUAUUGAUCCGAACGCUUUUGUACUAUACGUUCCAAGGUGGGCGACUGUUGCGUAAAAAUUAAUUACAGGCGAAACAGCAAUUCCUUCGUCUUCGUAAAGAUAGUGUUUCGUAUGAAGCAUAUAAUGCAAGAUAUCCGCAGCGUGCUCCGCGAUCCAUGUAUCCAUGUAUCUCAUAAAGCGAAAUGAGAACAAAUGCAAUGAAGAAAAUACGCGUACCGCAAGAACUUUCCUCCAACGAUCGUUAUCGUAAUCAGGAAUAGUUAACGAGUUUAUGUGGUACCAUACCGACCAAAUUUCGAAUUUGCAAUAAAAUCCUGGCGAAUAUGCGGCUAUAUAUAUGGUGCGUGGUCUAUCGUUGAAAACUUUGACCGUGUAAAGUGACGUGUUUCGAGAAGAAUUUGCAAAUUUUUGUCGAGAUUGUAUUGCUACGGAGAUUUUAUUAUAACUGCGCAAUUGCUGCGCAAGUCCUUUUUUAAUCUCUGUGCUUACGUAUUAUUUAGUCUGUCGAUGCAUCACGAUUAAUUGUAAUGUUCGCUAAUAUCUGACAGUUAUCCCAUCACGUAUUUUAUGAGCGCGGCACAUCUCGAAUAUUAUCACCGAAACAUCAGCAUCAUGAUCGCCCGAUUCAUCGAGAUUAUCAAACUUUAUCGCGGCUGACAGAGCUUGGUGGAAUGAGAAUAUCACAAUGACUCGCUAGAAACAGGCUCUUCAUUCUAAAAUUGAUAUGUAAUGAGAUUCCGUUAUCGCAUGCUAAUGUUUCUAAGUGUGCGAUAGUAAUAAUUCCUGCAGAAGGAAAUGUAAUAUAAUCAACGCAAAUCUUUUCAGAUUUCGUAUUUAUUAAGUUAAAUCGAGAAUUUUUGUGUAUCGAAUUGUGUAUAGAAUUUAGUAAUAUCGAAAAGCUAAAAUUAAUGGAUUUUAUGAUUGAGGAAUAAAGAUCAUCAAUCUUG